AUGGGGCUACUCAGCCUCAAGUUGCUUGGGGCCCUCAAGAAGAGGCUCUUCUUAAGCAACUCUUGGAGAAAAAGAACAACCUUGAGUUGGAUUAGGAUAAAGGUACUCCAGAUACGUAAGAACGUAGAGGAUAUACUGGACCUUGAGGAGGAAGAUCAGCCAAGACCAAGCAUUGGCAAGAAGAGAACCGUAGCAGUUCUGGAUGACAAGGAGGAUGCCUUGGCAGAUACUUUAGCAUUUGGUGGUCCAGGUGACGGCGACCGCAACAGAAUGGGUGAGAAGGAGGACAGUGAUGGUGAUAGCAAUGAUGAAGACAAGGAUGAAGAGGCUGAGGAGGAGCCAACUAAGGGUCCCCAUCUGGGUGCUAGCAGUGCACAAUCUUAUGAUGAAGACAUGCCUAUCUCCCAUCCUGGAAUUAUUGGAGUUAUAAGAUGCCAGUGGUUUACUGGGCCCAAAUGCUUUGCUCUCAAGUAUCUGGAUGCCUUGAAGGAGCUAUCACCGCCAAUGUGGGCCUUGGCAAUGACAUCAGUCGUCCAAGCUCUAAAUAGCUGGAAGGAUGGGAAGCUCAUCCCUAGCAAGUUUUCUGAAGACAACGUCAAGGAAUUGUACAUUAAGGCUCUGAGCUGGGUCAAGCAUUGGAAGAAGAAUACACCAACAUGGUACAGUGAUCAUGUUGAGGGAACUCUGGCAGAUAUUUGUGAGAAGAUGCAGAUCAUUAUGAUUCCAAGCACCAACUUUGACCACACAUCCGAGGUUAUUAGUAGGUUGGAGGAGAAGGCCAAGGCCAAACAGGCUGUAUGUGGCGUCAAGGAUGGAGCAUGA